ACCAACCGAGCUUCAGUCGGAGGCGGAGCAACACUGAACAGAGGAGAACUUCAACGUCACACUCCAGAAAUGAAACUGAAUGUUUAUCAGAGUUGAAGCCACGCAGCAGUCGAGACGAGUCUCUGUUUGUCUCUGAGAGAAUAUUCAAACUGAGUUCAUCAGGUCUUUCUCAACAACACAGCAGAGUCUCUGUCAAACACUGAUAUGGCUGCUGCAAACUAUCUGCUAUCAGAAGAUCAGUUCCUGUGCUCCAUCUGUCUGGAUGUGUUGACUGAUCCAGUCAGCACAUCAUGUGGACACAACUUCUGUAAAACCUGCAUCAAUGAACACUGGAAUAUUAAUGACCAGUACAUGUGUCCGAUGUGUAAGAAGGUUUUCAACACAAGACCUGAGCUGCAUAUCAACACUUUUAUCUCUGAGAUGGUUGCUCAGUUCAGACAGUCAGCUCAACAGAAAGCCAGCCACAGCAGCAGCUCAGAGCAACAAGUGUCCAAACCAGGAGAAGUUCCCUGUGACGUCUGCACUGGAACCAAACUGAAGGCCCUGAAGUCCUGCCUGGUGUGUCUGGUCUCCUACUGUGAGACUCACCUGGAGCCUCAUCUGACAAUGUCAGGUCUAAAAAGACAUCAGCUGAUCGACCCUGUGGAGAACUUGGAAGGCAGGAUGUGUAUGAAGCACAAUAAACCUCUGGAAGUGUUCUGUAAGACCGACCAGACAUGUGUCUGUGUGCUCUGCUCUGUUUCAGACCACAAGACACAUGAGUUUGUUCCUCUGAGAGAAGAAUGUGAACAAAAGAAGGCAGAGCUGGGAAAGACAGAGGCUGAAAUUCAGCAGAUGAUCCAGAAGAGACAACUGAAGAUUCAUGAGGUCAAACAAUCAGUUGACCUCAGUAAAGAAAAUGCAGAAAGAAUGAUAGCAGAAGGUGUUCAGAUCUUCACGUCUCUGAAGGAGUCUGUUGAAAGAGGUCAGGCUAAUCUCAUCAACUCGAUCAAAGAGAAACAGAAAGCAACAGAAAAACAGGCUGAAGCUUUCAUCAAAGAGCUGGAACAGGAAAUCUCUGAGCUGAAGAAGAGAAGGACUGAAGUGGACCAGCUCUCACACUCUGAAGACCACAUGCAUCUUCUUAAGAGUGUCCAGUCCCUAAACAUCCACCACCUACCACCCACCAAGGACUGGACAGAUGUUAGUGUCUGUCCAUUUUAUGAGGGGACUUUAGUAGCAGCAUUGGCUCAGUUGAAGGAGACACUCAGUACAGAGAUGAGGAAGCUGCUUGAAGCCAAGCUGAAGAGGGUCCAGCAGUAUGCAGUGGAUGUGACUCUUGAUCCUGAUACAGCACAUCCCUGUCUCAUCCUGUCUGAUGAUGGGAAACAAGUGCGUGAUAGUGAUGUGCAGAAGAAUCUCCCAAACAAUCCAGAGAGAUUUUCUUAUCAUGCUUGGGUCUUAGGAAAACAGAGUUUCUCUUCAGGCAGAUUUUACUGCGAGGUUCAAGUUAAAGGAAAGACUGCAUGGACUUUAGGAGUGACCAGAGAGUCGAGCAAGAGGAAAGGACCAAUCACUCAGAGUCCCAUGAAAGGUAACUGGAGUAUGUGGUUGAGAAAUGGAAAGGAAUACAAAGCUUUUGAUGACCCUCCAGUCCGUCUCUCCCUGAAGUCUCAGCCUCAGAAGGUGGGGGUGUUUGUGGAUUAUGAGGAGGGUCUGGUCUCCUUUUAUGAUGUAGAUGCUGCAGCUCUUAUCUACUCCUUUACCGGCUGCUCCUUCACUGAGAAACUCUACCCAUACUUCGGUCCUGGUCUUAAUGAAGGUGGUAGAAACUCUACACCUCUGAUCCUCUCUCCUGUCAGAGUAAAGACUCUGAUGGAGUCUGUUGAAAGAGGUCAGACCAAUCUCAUCAACUCAAUCAAAGAGAAGCAGAAAGCAACAGAAAAAAAGUCUGAAGCUUUCAUCAAAGAGCUGGAACAGGAAAUCUCUGAGCUGAAGAAGAGAAGAACUGAGGUAGACCAGCUCUCACACUCUGAAGACCACAUUCACCUCCUCCACAGCUUCCCGUCUCUGAAGGAUGUCCCACCCACCAAGGACUGGACAGAGGUCAGUGUCCCUCAAUCAUAUGAGGGGACUGUGGUGAGAGCUGUGGCUCAGCUGGAGGAGAUACUCAGUAAAGAGAUGAAGAAACAGUUUGAUGCCGAGCUGAAGAGGGUCCAGCAGUAUGCAAUAGAUGUGACUCUUGAUCCUGAUACAGCACAUCCUGAACUCAUCCUGUCUGCUGAUGGGAAACAAGUGAACGAUUGUGACAUGGAGAAGAAUCUCUCAGACAAUCCAGAGAGAUUUUCUAAUUGUAUUUCUGUUUUAGCAAAGCAGAGUUUCUCUUUAGGGAGAUUUUACUACGAGGUUCAAGUUGAAGAAAAGACUGAAUGGACUUUAGGAGUGGUCAAAGAGUCUAUCGACAGGAAGGGAGAUUUCACACUGAGUCCUGAGGAUGGUUGCUGGACUAUAUGGUUGAGAAAUGGAAAUGAGUACAAAGCUCUUGAUGACCCUGAUAUCAGUCUCUCUCUGCAGUCUCAACCUCAGAAGGUGGGGGUGUUUGUGGAUUAUGAGGAGGGUCUGGUCUCCUUUUAUGAUGUAGAUGCUGCAGCUCUUAUCUACUCCUUUACUGGCUGCUCCUUCACUGAGAAACUCUACCCAUACUUCUGUCCCUGUUUAAAUGAUGAUGGUAAAAACUCUGCCCCUCUGAUCAUCUGUCCUGUCAGUUACACUGAGUAAACUAAAUAACUUUAUCUUACUUAAUGUAUUGGUUUAUUUUCAUUCAAGGUAACACAUGUAGUGGGAAUACUGUGUAGUUGCAUCUAAUGUAAGAGUAACGCUUAUUACAUAGCGCGUCAUUAAAUGAAAAGUCAAUGGGUAAAGUUAACUAAUGGAAUAAAUGUGGAAUUUUCUGUGUUGUGUAAAAAGUAUUUGGGUUAAUUACAGGACACUUCGGGCUGAUGGAUCAGUAAAAGAAAACUGUGAAUAACUGAUUGUAAAAUAAAAAAAAUAAAACUAGUUGUUGAACACAAGGCCUGAAUAAGCACCAAACAUUGAACAGCAGAGCCUGGUUCACACCUUAGUUGUAUUUCAUUCAGAAAACAUCAAAGCAAACAUUACAAAAAAUGUAAGCAUAUAUAAGUUGAGAAGGAUAUGCUUAAUCUGUAUUUUAAAUCUAGUUAGUUCUGUUUGAAGUUGUGAAACCUUAUAAUAAUUGUGCAGUUUCUUCAUGUUUGUGAUUAGGCUGAUUAUGACAAUAAUUCUUGUUUUAUUGCUCAAAGCAGUGGAUAAAAAUCAUUGUGCUUCUGUACAAAAACCCUUUCAAUCAAAAUUUAAAUAGUUAAUUAAUGGUGCUGAAUAGCUUUAAAAUACCUAUCCAAUGCUUAAUAAAUUAAUACCAUAAAAAACCUUCA